AUGCGUCUCAUCAGUUCACUCGCUGCGGUAUUCCUGGGCUUUUGCGCCACAGCCGCUGUUGCUGAAGAGCCAAAAGUUGUCGGUUAUUACGAGUCGCCCAAUGGCAUGCGAUCUCCUUUCCCAGUGACCGUACAUGCCGGCCAGUGUGAUAACUUCCCGGCUUGGGUGAAGCAAUCCGACUGCAACGGAAGAAUGACAGAACACUUCACGAAGAACGUCUCUAGAUUUGAUUACGAAGUUCGCAGCUUCAUGUGUAAAUCUGUCUCUGAGCCUACUCAACCCAGCUCGACUCCCACAGGCACGCCAACGCCAACGCCAACUCCUACUCCUACUCCUACUCCUACUCCCUCGUCGUAG